UAGCUUUUUUAUACUGAGGCGAGUCCUAUCACUUCAGCGGCGAGGGGGAGUGUGUGAGAGUGCGUGUGAGUGACAGAAAGAGAAAGAAAGUGAGAGAGCUCAGCGGUAUCAUCGUCUCCUCUGCCGGACUUAGCAGCAGCGCAGCGCAGCGCGGCGGUUCUCGCUGCUCGGAUCGUUUCACCGCCAACGCUCGGAUUGCCUUCUUCCUCAGCGAGAGCCCCUUUUCUCUCCUCUUCCCCCUCCUUUUUUUUAAUUUGCUCUUUUGGUCCGACAUGGAAGAUGGUCCGCCUUCAACAAGCUGUUUCAGAAGGUUCACGGACUGUUUCCUCGGCUCAAGUCUGACGGAUGAGAAAGUGAAGGCCUACCUUUCCCUGCACCCCCAGAUGCUGGAUGAGUUUGUGCUGGAGAGCGUGAGUGCGGAGACAGUGGACAGAUGGCUGAAACGGAAGAACAGCAGCCGGCCUGCAGAUGACCCCUCAACUAAAGAAGUCAGCAGGCAGUACCAGGACACUAACAUGCAGGGCGUGGUUUAUGAGCUCAACAGCUACAUGGAGCAGCGGCUGGACACGGGCGGCGACAACAAACUCCUGCUGUACGAGUUGUGCAACAUCAUCAAAACAGCCACAAAAGCUGAUGGUUUUGCACUUUACUUCCUUGGAGAAUGCAACAAUAGCCUCUGUUUAUUCACGCCGACGGGGGCGAAGGAGGGGCUUCCUGGGCUCAUCCCCUCCGGUCCCAUUGCAUUCGGGACCACCAUCGCUGCUCACGUCGCCAAGACGCGCAAGACACUACUCGUAGAAGACAUCAUGGGGGACGAGCGGUUCCCCCACGGCACAGGGCAGGACUCAGGGAUUCGUGUUCACUCUGUUCUGUGUCUCCCCAUCCUCACCGCCAUCGGUGACCUCAUCGCCGUGCUGGAGCUGCACCGCCACCUGGGCAGAGAGCCUUUCAACCUCAGCCACCAGGAGGUUGCCACAGCAAAUUUGGCAUGGGCUUCUGUAGCUAUUCACCAAGUGCAGGUCUGCAGAGGUCUGGCCAAGCAGACGGAGCUCAACGACUUCCUUCUAGAUGUGUCAAAAACAUACUUCGACAACAUUGUGGCAAUAGAUUCUCUACUUGAACAUAUUAUGAUAUAUGCAAAAAACCUGGUGAAUGCAGACAGGUGCGCCCUCUUCCAGGUUGAUCACAAUAAUAAAGAACUGUACUCUGACCUGUUUGAUAUCGGGGAGGAGAAUGAAGGGAAACCGGUCUUUAGGAAAACCAAAGAAAUUAGGUUUUCUAUAGAGAAAGGCAUCGCUGGUCAAGUGGCGCGGACAGGAGAGGUGUUGAAUAUUCCAGACGCCUAUGCAGACCCACGGUUCAACAGAGAAGUGGACCUCUACACUGGCUACACGACACGGAACAUCCUGUGCAUGCCCAUCGUCAGCCGGGGGACCGUUAUAGGCGUCGUGCAGAUGGUGAACAAGCUGAGCGGAAGUGCCUUUACUAAAACGGACGAGAACAACUUUAAGAUGUUCGCUGUCUUCUGUGCUCUGGCCUUACACUGUGCAAAUAUGUAUCACCGGAUCAGACAUUCGGAGUGCAUCUACAGGGUGACGAUGGAGAAGCUUUCAUAUCACAGUAUCUGCACAUCGGAGGAAUGGAAGACCCUCUCACAGCUGACCCUUCCAGACCCCAUAUACAAAGAGAUUGAGCUGUUCCACUUCGAUAUCAGCCCCUAUGAGGAGCUCUGGCCUGCAGUCUUUGUGUACAUGAUUCACAGUUCAUGUGGAAAAAGCAGUUUUGAGCUGGAGAAACUGUGUCGCUUCACAAUGUCGGUACGGAAGAAUUACAGACGAGUUCCAUACCACAACUGGAAACAUGCUGUGACGGUGGCCCACUGCAUGUACGCCAUCCUGCAGAAAACCUCUGGAAUCUUCACCGAACUGGAGAGGAAAGGCCUGCUGAUAGCCUGUUUGUGUCAUGACCUGGACCACCGGGGCUACAGUAACAGCUACCUGCAGAAGUUUGACCAUCCACUGGCGGCCCUCUACUCCACGUCCACCAUGGAGCAGCACCAUUUCUCCCAGACUGUGUCUAUCCUGCAGGAAGGGCACAAUAUUUUCUCCAACCUGACUUCCAGCGAGUACGAACAGGUGCUGGAGAUCAUCCGCAAGGCCAUCAUCGCCACCGACUUGGCACUCUACUUCGGCAACCGCAAGCAGCUGGCCGACCUGCUGAGCACAGGGGCACUGGAUCUAAACAACCAUGCGCACAGGGACCGCGUGAUUGGUCUGAUGAUGACGGCAUGCGAUCUCUGCUCUGUUACCAAACUGUGGCCGGUCACUCGCCUCACAGCCAACGACAUCUACGCAGAGUUUUGGGCUGAGGGGGAUGAGAUGAAGAAGAUAGGAAUGCAGCCCAUUCCGAUGAUGGACAGGGAUAAGAAGAACGAGGUUCCGCAGGGACAGGUGGGGUUUUAUAAUGCUGUGGCCAUUCCCUGUUACACCACCCUGGCAGAGCUGUUCCCUCCCUCCGCUCCUCUUCUUAGUGCCUGCAGGGAGAACCUGGGCCAGUGGGAGAGAAUAGUACGAGGGGAGGAGCCGUCCGCCUGGGUGCCGCCUGAAGAGCGCGACCCGAGCGAGCUGUCUGAGAGCGGGCCGGUCAAAGUGGACAACUGACCCUGACUGCAGCACUGCCCGUACCCUGCCAGAGACACUGGACUUCCUUUAGAACAGUCCCACUUCCGGUGGAGACGAGGGGGAGCAGAGAGGCCGGGCAGGAGAGGUGAUAUUCACCGAGCAACUAAAGGAAAAACUUCAACAAAAAAAAAAAUAAUAAUAAAUAAAAAAAUUAAACAUAGAGUUACCUCAGCGGGUGACAGAGGUGUAGAGCUCUGACCCUGACGGCUCUCAUGGUCAACAGCCAGGACUUGGGAUCCAGUCACCACAAGCCUGCUCUGGGUGGGAGCACUUUUGGUCAGAAUUGGACUUCUUUAGCUUCAAGAGUUUUCCUCUGAUGGUCGCUUUUGCUGUUUUGGUUUUGGGGUCAAUUUCAUUUCUAUAUUUUCAAACGUGUUUCUUUUUGCGGUCUUAUAUUUGAAGAGGCCUUAAAACCUGAACCUCCGGUUACAGUCGGAGCUCCACGACUGGUAACUGGGGUUCAGGUCGUCUGAAAUAGUAACUUAUUCCUGCUGUGGUGAAAAAAGAUCAUACGCAGAACCUGCUUGGGAGUUGCUAUUUUUUAAGAGAGACGAAAGGAAUGUUUCGCGAAGGUGCGUGGGGGCGCAGACGAGCUCUCCGCACCGGCGGUCUCGUGUUAACUUGCGCAAAAAACGUUUGCAGUACUUGAAUGAAGAAAUACAGCCUAUUCUAUGUGGGGAGGAGUAGAAAAAAAAGAAAAGAAACAAACCCUGCAGCGCAUCUGUCCAAAGCAAAGAGCUGUUGUGACGGAAGAAGUUAGAUAAUUCUGAACCUCACCGGAGUCACACGAGAGUCACAAUGUUCCUCCACCAAAAUCUAUGACCGUUCAAACUGAUGUACAAAUCAGCUUUUGAUCCUCUAGUCCUAAUAGAGCUUGACCUUGGGCAAUCCGUUCGUUUCCAGGGAAACCAGUAAUACAUGUUCCGCACUGAAUGUUGAAACGUUACAGUGGCCGACACAUGAAGUAAUAACAGCAAAGUCUCGUUAAGAGUAAUGAAUGACUAUUAAUGGUACUCAACGUCAGUCGCGCAGUUUAUUAUUUUUUACAAGUAAAAUAGGCUUGUUUACUGUUGAUGAAUUGACAUGACAUACAAAGAACAUCUUAUGCACAUGAUGAGCCAUGAUUUGAAUAUGUUUCUUCAGUGCUUAAUUCUUUUUCAUGAUAUUUUCUGAGCAGAGAGAAGAUAAAACUCCAGUUCCAGUCCUGCUGCUCUUUUCCCAAAAAAGUCUGAUUCUAAAGCAGCCCAGAUCGAGCUCAAGCUUACUGAUUGGAUCACGUUUAAUGAUUGUCUCUCUAAAAUGAAAUAAGAAUAAAGUUCAUUGAAAAAUGAACAAGAUUACACUGUAAAAAUGAUUCAAUGUAAGAAGUAAGUAACUAGGUGGCCUUUAAAUUUUGCCUUCACUGAACACAGAUUAUUAUUCAGUUAACUUACUAUUAGAAAUCCAGUUAACUCAAAGUUUUAAGGCAACCAGGUUCCAUACAUAUGUACUUUUUUGAAGUUAAAACGUUGAAUCAUUGUUUACAGUGUAGACAAAACAAUCAGGACAAAAACAAUGAAAGGCUUGGAUCAUCAAAGAUCCACUAAAUGUCCUUCUUUAAAACGUCUUGGUAUUUUCUGAGCAGAGGGAAGGUAAAACUCCUUUAACGCAAAACGAAUUCCAGUCCUGCUGCUCUUUUCCCCAAAAUGUUUGAUUCUAAAGCAGCACAGAUCGAUCUCAAGCUUACUGAUUGGAUCAUGUUUAAUGAUUGUGUCUCUAAAAUUAAAUAAGAAUAAAGUUCAUUGAAAAAUGAACGAGAUUACACUGUAAAAAUGAUUCAGUGUAAAAAUAAGUAACCGGAUUGUCUUUAAAAUUCGGCUCCAUUGAACACAGAUUAUUAUUGUUAACUUACCAUUAGAAAUCCAGUUAAGUCAAAGUUUUAAGGCAGCCAGGUUACAUACUUGUGUAGUUUAUUUUGAGGUUAAAACGCUGAAUGAUUUUUACAGUGUAGACAAACGAUCAGGACAAAAACAAAUGAAAGGCUUGGACCAUUAAAGAUCCACUGAAAGUCCUUAAAACGUCUUAAUCCUAAUGUAACACAGCAAUUAAGCAAUCAAUGUCUUUCCAUUUAGAUGUUAUGAAUUAUUUAAAAAAUGAUGAAAUGGCAGUGAGUGUGGAUGUGCAGUGAAAUCGCGCAGUGAUCCAUCAGCGACGCGAGUGCCGUUUCCUCUGUGCUGGAGUCACAGCGGAGAUGAAGGCAGUUUAUUGGCUGAGCUUGAACAUCAGCACUCUUAGCCAGAGUGAAACUCCAAAUACUGAAUUCUGUGAAGACAGAAUUAAGACAAAAAUGUCAAAAAUGAAAUCUUCUGAGGCUGUUCCGUUGUGUGCAAAAGUUUUGGCGCCCCAGUCAAAUGACUCGUUGAUUUUCGAAGUGAAAAUAAUUUAAUACGUCCUCUGCUGAGAACACACUUCUGCACAUUUUACUGCACAGUUGUGGUUUGUUUACUGAUUUUAACAUAUUGAAAAAUAAAAAUGAAACAAAGUGUGAUGAGACACCACAUUUUACAUUUCAUAUUUUAUUUUUCCCAAUAUGUUAAUGUUAAUAGGUUAUGUUCAUUUAAAUUGUACACUAAUUGUUUUAAGUUGCAGAAAAAUGUUGACAUAUUUUCACUUAGAAAAUCAACACACUGUAAUUUGACCACGGAUGUUCAAGCAUUUGCAUAUGACUGUACACAUACAUGCAGAUGACACAGUAGCGUCACAUAAUGAGGGUGCAUUUAAUUUGUAUGAAUAGAAUGAAUAGAAAUGCCCCAAAAUUCAUGUAAACAAGUAACACAGUAAGUGUUUAUUCUUUCUAAUUUAAAAAAUUGAAACUGUGUUGAUACUUAAUCAUGCGAUUAGGGUGCAGUUCAUUUGUAUGUAUAGAAAAAUGGCCAGAAAUCAUUAGAAAGGUGAAUCCUAAGCAAAACAGAUGAAUUCCCUGAAUAAUGGUCUUUCCUUUCCAGCCAAUCAGCAUCGUGCUUCAGCUUGAAUUGGCUCACAUCAGUUUGAUCACGUUUCUGUUUUUUCAGCCUCUAGGAGGUCGAGUUCUUAGAGACAGGACUGCGCUCUGAAAUCCUUCAUGUAAACACAGCAGGACUGAUGAGUGACUGUAACCAAUAUGAUGGCGCACAGCUUACUAAGGGUUUCUUGGGUACCAAAGGAGUACACCAUCAGAUAUGUGUGUCUGUCAAGAAUCAAGAACAGUUUCCAGUGAAGUGCAUCGAGCAUGUGCGCAGAACUAUUUUUCUUUUUCUUUUUUUUCUUUUUUUUUGGCACAUGUGCAAUGUGUGUAGGAACAGUUCAUGUUUGGAGACGUAAGCUACACUCUUAUGGUGCUAUCUUAGGCAGUCAUGCACUUUCUGGUCCUGUGUGUAUGCGUGUGUGCGCGCGUGUGUGCUAGCUUUCGGCCAAUGCCAUAAACCCCCCACCCCCCCCAAACCCCCCCACCCAAACCUCCAUGAAAAAAAAACAGCAGCAGUCUGAGUUAAGAGGAACUACACAGCUUCAUAAACCUCACUGAGAUCACCCACAGCCCAGUUUUUCUCCCCUCAUAUGCACUAUGUUUAGAGACUAUUAUCAUUAUUAUUGUUAUUAUUAUUAUGGUUGUUAUAAAUAUUAUUGUUCCUAUUAUAUUACUAUUAUUACCACAAUUAUCAGUGAUUAUUACCAUUGUUAUUUUCUUAAUUAGAAUUCAAUUUUAAAUUAACUUAUAUUUUUUAUACAGAAAAAAAAAAGUUAGCGUUUUUUGUUUUGUACAGAGCAAAAAUUGUGCAUCAUGAAGAAGCGAAUGGUCAUGUAGACCCACUGCAUACUGUUGCCCAAGAUAAAUGAGGAAUGUCUUGACUGUAAAUAUAAGAGCAGUUUUAUUAUAUUUAAUUUUAUUAAAUAUUUCUGAAAA